GGGAAUGGGGAUUUAUUAAUAGCGGGCGCGGGCAGAGCUCGCAGCGCGGGGAGGCUUCGCGUUGGGUCCCGCGGCGUAACCUGACGCGUCUCGCCGAGCCGGGAGCGCAGAUCGCUCGGGGGAAAAAGUGAUUUCGGGGCUGUUUGAGUGCUGGCCGUGGGGCUCCGCCACUGCUCCGCGCCAAGGCUGAGCACAGGCUGUCCGCCUUCAGCUCCAGCAGCCUGCUGAAAGUGGGCUGGUGAGUUUCACUGACUGCGUGUGGAGCUGCUGCGUCCCAGCUCCUGCAGCGGGGAUGUCCCCGUUGGCUUGGGAGCCUGAGAAACUCCUGGGAAAUGGUGGAUUAGAAAUCACAGUAAAUUUUAAACUGUUCUCCCUCAUGUGCCCCUUCUCGAGCUUGAGCCUGUGCGGGCUGGCGGCAUGAUCCCUUGUCCCAUGUGGGGUGGUUCCAUGCUGCAGGACCUGAGGCAGUCAAGGGGUUAAUUCACUCUUCCUCAAUAGCAGCAAAGAUUGUGGCUGCUCCCUUUGAUUUCACCUAAAGGACCGCGGCUCGUCAGCACUUGUCUUGGGGUCCUGGGCAUCUGCUGGUGGGGCUGGAGCAGCCCCGGGCAUCCCCGUGCUGAGCUGAUGGGCACAGUGUGUCAGGGUGCAAGGACAGGGUGAUGAGCAUGUGCAUCCCCUCCAGGCUCUGCUGAUGGAGACUGCCAAGCUCAACCCCAUCAUCCGGGAUGUCUACGCAGCUGCUGGCCGCGUCCAGCAAGCACCGGGCGCUGCCUCGGUGCAGAGGGGCAGCAGCUGCAGAGAGCUGAUGGUCAAGCUGACAGAGGGGCAGUAUGUGCUGUGCCGCUGGACAGAUGGGCUCUAUUACCUUGGGAAGAUCAAAAGGGUGAGUGGCUCCAAGCAGAGCUGCCUUGUAACAUUUGAGGACAAUUCCAAGUACUGGGUCCUCUGGAAGGACAUCCAGCAUGCCGGUGUCCCUGGGGAGGAGCCCAAGUGCAACAUCUGCCUGGGGAAGACUUCAGGCCCCAUGAAUGAAAUCCUCAUCUGUGGGAAGUGUGGGCUGGGUUAUCACCAGCAGUGCCACAUCCCAGUGGCCAGCGGUCACGAGGGCCCUCUGGGGACACCAUGGUUCUGCCGCCGCUGCAUAUUUGCCCUGGCCGUGCGGAAGGGGGGUGCCCUGAAGAAGGGAGCCAUUGCCAAGACGUUGCAAGCUGUCAAGAUGGUGCUGUCCUACAACCCUGACCUGCUGGAGUGGGACUCCCCACACCGGACCAACCAGCAGCAGUGUUACUGCUACUGUGGGGGCCCUGGCGAGUGGUACCUGAAGAUGCUGCAGUGCUACCGCUGCCGGCAGUGGUUCCACGAAGCCUGCACCCAGUGCCUCAGUGACCCCAUGAUGUUUGGAGACCGGUUCUAUAUGUUUUUCUGCUCUGUAUGCAACCAGGGACCAGAAUACAUCAAGCGCCUGCCCUUGAGAUGGGUGGAUGUUGUCCAUCUCGCCCUCUACAACCUGGGUGUACAGAGCAAGAAGAAGUACUUCGACUUUGAGGAGAUCUUGGCCUUUGUGAACCACCACUGGGAUCCACUGCAGCUUGGGAAGCUGACGGGCACCCCCAUCUCAGAGCGUGGCCCCCACCUUCUCAAUGCCCUCAACAGCUAUAAAAGCAGGUUUCUGUGUGGGAAGGAGAUCAAGAAGAAGAAAUGCAUCUUUCGGCUGCGCAUCCGCGUGCCCCCGAACCCCCCCAGCAAGGUGCUGCCGGAGAAGGCCCCCGGCGUGAGCGAGAGCAGCUCCUGCGAGCUGAAGAAGAAGGGUAAAAGCAAGUAUGUCCACAAAGACAGCCAGCAGCAGAAGCGGCGAGCGGCGGCGCGGCGCAAAAGGGCCAAGUUCCUGCUGGAGGAUGCCAUUCCCAGCAGUGACUUCACCUCAGCCUGGAGCACCAACCACCACCUGGCCAGCAUCUUUGACUUCACACUGGAUGAAAUUCAGAGCCUGAAAAGUGCCAGCUCAGGACAGACUUUCCUAUCAGACGUGGAUUCCACGGAUGCUGUCAGCACCUCGGGCUCAGCCACCACAAGCCUCUCCUACGAGUCCAGCCGCAGGACCAUGGGCAGCCGCAAGCGCAAGCUGGCAGUGCCAGUCUACACUUCAGCAGGGGCCAAGAGGAAUGGCAGGGAGGCAGGUGGGUGCCCAGCCAUGGGCACUUCUGAAGGCAGUGAGGUAGCCUGUGGACCUGACCACCCAGACAAUGGCAUCGACAGCCACACCUUUGAGAGCAUCAGCGAGGAUGAUUCCUCACUCUCCCACCUCAAGUCCUCCAUCAGCAGCUACUUCGGGGCGGCGGGCAGGCUGGUCUGUGGUGAGAAGUACCAGGUGCUGGCACGGCGGGUGACGCUGGAGGGGAAGGUGCAGUACCUGGUGGAGUGGGAAGGCACAACCCCCUACUGAGCCCCACCAGCUCCUCAGCCUCUCCUGGAGCCAAACCAGAGCAGACUGGGAUGAUGAGAUCCUCGCCGUGAAGCAGAGGAGGGCUGGGACCCUUCCACGCUGGGGGGUCCUAGCCAGGACUGGCUGCCCAGGAACAGCCAUGGGUUGAACCAGUGCCUGAGCUGGUGCCAUCAGUGGUGCUGCCCAGGGGUGGGACUCACAGCCUUGCUGCUGCAUCUUCUCAUUUGAACAGUUACUGUUUUAUUGGCUGUGUGCAUGCACAGUGUGCAGCCCAGCUGUGUUUUCUGACAGAGCCCUUGGCCCAGCGUGAGGCACCAUCAUGGUGGUGCGAAGAGCAGUGAGCAGGCCCAGCCUUUCCCCCACUGUGUCUGGGAACCCCCUGGGGAAGCCCCUUUUGGGGACACCCCACAAGCUGCUCAUGCAGAUGGACAUGGUGCUGGUGCCUGGCACAAUCUGACUCAUCGCCACGGCCAAGCCUUACGGAGCAGAUCUGAGGGGGUCCUGCUGCGAAGCAAGAAGCACCUCCCUCACCAGUGCCUUCACAGCCCAUCCCUGUGCCCCUAGGAAAUGGUGGGCCACUCUCUCCAUAGCUAGCAUGGGGGGGUUUCUUCCUCCUCCUAAAUCCAUUCAUUACAGGAAUGUGGUUUGUUUAAAGUGAGUGGGAAGUGCCCCCUAAACAGCCCACGUGUGGCUGACUUUCAUGGCUGAGGGGCUGCUCUUGUCCCAUGACCCGGACUGCAUGUGCUGAUGCUUCACGUCCCUGUUCUUCUGACAAUCACAGUCUUGGAAGAGAUUGGCCAAAAGAUAUGCCCUUGCCUUAAAACCACCACGGGUGUUUCACAGACUGCAGCCCGAGGCCUUUGUUCCCACAGGAUUCUUCAUCCUGAAUGUGCCAAACAAGAAGACAAACCAAAAAGGCCAAAGAGGACAGAGAGGGUGUGGGGAGGGGGUUGUACCAGGAUCCCUGUGGCCAUCCCCAAUGGCCUCAUGACUGUGCCUUGCUGGAGAGUGGCCACGCUUCGCUGCCAGUGUACUGUCAAUGCUGGUGAGCACAUCGGGUCAGUUGGUCUGCAGAGAAGGAGCAAGCCCCUUCUUGAGCUGAAGCAAUACUGCCAGGUUGCUCAGGAGCAAAGCUGGUGUCUUUUAAAACCAGAUUCUAAUAUCAGACAGAUUUGUUAGAUUAUUUUCUAAGAGAUAGAUAUCUUUUUAAUGUUGUCCUCCUCAUCUGUCCCCCAUCACCUCCGUGGCUGUUCCAUGAGGACGGAGGGCGGCUGAUGCUGGGGGUUUGCAUGGUCCUGCUGUCAGCCCACCCUGCCCUUGUAGCCCCACCACUGUUCGUGUGUGUGCUUGUGGGAUCUGCUGACUGGCUGGUGAACUGAAAAGGGUGUUUUACCAAAAUGUGCUUAAAAAAUGUCAUGGUGUAAUCAGCACGAGGGAGCAGGUGAUGUUUGCAAACCAGAGGCCAAACUCCUCAAAAAUAAACCUCUGCUUCAGCUACUGCUAAAACAACGUAGUGGGACACCCAGGAAGGGGGGAGUGCAGCUAUUUUAGUUCAUCUAACAGGCACCAGGCCUUUGUGUGGCUGUGAGGUGACAAUCUUCACAUGGGGCCAUGGUGCAAAGCAGCAGCCUCUCUGCAGCCCUGGGACAUCCCUUCAUGGUGUGAGCCAGGUGUGAGCUGCUUCAGUGUCAUACUGGGAGCUUGAAUGUUUGGCUCAGCAGGUAAAAAUAUUUUAACCCCUUUCUGAUGAGUUGCCUGGUGGUGUGCCUGGUGGUGUGCUUGGUGGAGAAGCUGUUGGACAUUUGUGUAGGAUGAGGUCUGGGACAGGGGGGUCAGUCCAGCUCCAACCAUGAGAUGGUUUGAGCCGAGCCAGGCCAGAUGUGCCUUGGGGAGAGGUGCUUGGCAUCCUCAGGGUCUGCAUCUUGGCUCAUCUGGAGGGAACCAUGUCCACAGAGGUCCUGUCCUUCUGGGAGAUGUGCUGCCAGGACCCCCAUCCCUGGCAGGGCAGGGAGCAGCUCCUGCAGCCAGCAUGUCACUCCCAGUUCUGCCUUGGGUCACUUCAAGUGAUCACUUCAAGAUUACCAAAGGAUCACUUCAAGUAUUUCCCCUUCAUGAGUGCCUAUGAAGUCCUUGUCUGAGUUGCUGCCUGGGGCCCCAGGGGCUGCCAAGAGUCUGCCAGGGCUAAGAGGGAUAAUUCCCAUGGGAUGUGCCAAUGGGCAUUGCACUUGUGGGAGCACCCACUACCUACAGCCCCUGUUCCUCACCUGUCCCUCUCUCUCCUCCUGGCCUCUUGCAGAGAAUUGAAUGUGGAGCCUUUAAAAACAUUUUGGUGGCAGAGCCUCUCUUGCAUUAGCUGUACCAGAUGCUGUAACAACUGUGCACCUUCUGAAGAUGUAUGGAUUCAGGUUGCUGCUUGUAAUAACCACCUCUUGUUAUCCCCCAGGUUGUAAUUAAUGCCUGAUGUACAAUUAAAAAGGGUCUUUUUUUAACCAUCACUGGUUCUUUCUAGUGUCAGGGUUAUUGAUUCUGGGCCCUGGGGGUCAGUGUGUGCUCCCAGGAAGAUGCCCAGCGCCUGCCACCAUGCAGCUGGUUCUGCUGGGCUGUGCUCCAUGCCAGGGUGAGGUGUGCCCUUCCCAGACACCUAAAUAAUUCCAUAUUGUUCCAUGAGUUAUAGCCCAUUAAACUCUUAACAGGAGGGUCUCUUUACAAGGCUAAGCCUUGGCUCAGGUGUGGGUAGGGGAU